GGGGUGGCGGAGCGGCUGAUGGGCUGUAGCCAGGCUGGCCGAGGGCCUCUGGCCUGAAGCGAAGGUCCCGGCGUGCAGCGCAGUCGCAGUGCUCGACGGGAGCCUGUCAGCCGGCCGGAAGCAGUUCCUGCUCUGCGUUUUCUGGAUCCUGUCCGGCGUUGCCUCAGGCUCUUUAUCAACGAAAUUCGCGGAGAUGCAAAUAUUGAGUAAAUCGUACUCAUUCUGCCCACAGGAACUACAAGCCUAGCAAGAAAGAUCAGACAGACCCGUGGAAAAUAAUAAUAUCGUAAAGUAGAGGUUGAUCGAUCUUUCACAAUCUCCUAGUGAAAUAAGCCAAGAUGUCUGUUGAUCCAAUGACGUAUGAGGCCCAGUUUUUUGGCUUCACACCCCAAACUUGUAUGCUUAGGAUCUACAUUGCAUUUCAAGACUACCUGUUUGAAGUGAUGCAGGCUGUUGAACAGGUUAUUUUGAAGAAGCUGGACGGCAUCCCAGACUGUGAAGUUAGCCCAGUCCAGAUUCGUAAAUGCACAGAGAAGUUUCUAUGCUUCAUGAAGGGACGUUUUGAUAACCUUUUUGGCAAAAUGGAGCAGCUGUUUUUGCAGUUGAUUUUGCGUAUUCCCCCAAACAUCUUGCUUCCUGAAGAUAAAUCCCAGGAGAUGCAUCCUUAUAGUGAGGAAGAAUUCCAACUUCUCCAAAAAGAAAUCAAACAGUUACAAGAGAAGUAUAAGAUUGAAUUGUGCACUAAUCAGGCUCUUCUUGCAGAAUUAGAAGAGCAAAAAAUUGUUCAGGACAAACUCAAACAGACAUUGACUUUGUUCGAUGAGCUUGAAAAUGUUGCCAGAGAUCAUGGGACUAGUGAUUUUAGAGAGAGUUUGGUGUUCCUGGUCCAGAAUUCUAGAAAACUACAAAAUAUUCAAGACAGUGUAGAAAGGGAAGGCAAAAAACUGAAAAUAUCUUAAUUUCUAAAUAGUAAAAAGAAAGAACCUGUCACAAAGUACAAUGGUAAGGGAGGUAUGCCGAUGAUUAUUAUUACUCUAGUGAAUCAUAUAUUUUACUGGAUUUUCUCUGUUCACUCUUUCUUGUAUUCCACAUCUUCCUCUUUCUUGGCCCACUCUUCUAAAGGAUUUAUGCACUAGUCCUUGAAGCAUCUGUUUCUUAGAGGCCUCUAAUUUGUGGAAACGGAUCCCUGAUGCAAUAAUGGCUCAUUUGUGGACAUAACUGAAGAAGCAAAGUUAUUUCCUGGCUAAAGAUGUUUUGUGAAGUCAUAUCUUGGUCAUGAUUCCCUUUGACUUUGAUCCUUUUGGCUUAUUGUUUGGAUGAAACUUACUGAGAAAAAAGGUCUAAUGGGUGGCCCCUUUAUUAGCCAGCCAUUACACCAUGGGGCAGCCAAAAUAGAAUGCUUGCUCUUGCCCAGUAACUUUUCUUAGGUGAGGAAGUUGAUACCUGGUUGAAAGAAGCAAGUUAUCAGAAAAGACAACCUUGAUCUUUGAUAAAAAAGAAAGAAGUUGUUUUAAAUUCCGGAACAAAUCCUUUCUAUGACAAAGGCCUCAGUGAUGUUAAGAAAUUUACCAUCUUGGACCCCAGGUAUAGAAGACCUUGGGCAAUAAAGAAGCAUAUCCCACUGGAACAGGAAAAAAAAAAAGCACAGAACAUACCCUAUAGCAAAAUUUACAUGAACUGACUGUUAGGUCUUUAUACCAAAUAUUUUUUUUUUUUAAUUUUUCAGUUAGUUUUCAAAUCUGUUGUGCUAAUAUUUAAUUUAUUUAUUCAUGCUCUAAGCAUCAAAUAUUUAGUGCCCUCAGUGGGAAAUUUUAGCUGAGUCUUGUGCUUAAAUUCGGUGGAGCCUAAUAUUUCUUUUUUCUAAUUAGUGCAUGAAAAAUGUUAGCUCAUCUAAUGAAUGGGGAAAAAUAGCAAUAUUUGUUCUUAAGGUAGCUUAAGCUCCGUGUCUUCUUCAUGUAGAGAGAGAUAACUUAAGGUAUUAGUAUUUGCAAUUAAAUAUUCAUAGAAUUAGUCUUAAUUUACAUGAAAUAUGUAUAUUAUCAAACAGUACUUUUCUGAAUCCUGUACAUUAAAUGCAUAUGCUUUAAAAGCUUUGGGCUUUUGGUUUUUCUGCUAUCUGUGUCAUGGUAUGUUUCUUUCCUCAGUAUGACUUUGUACCCAAGUGAAAUUUUUCUAUUUUUUUUCUAUUAUUUUAACAUUUAUAGCUUAUUCAGAAUCUCCUAGUAUAAUGUUUCUAUUAUUUUAACAUUUGUAGCUUAUUCAAAAUCUCAUAGUAUAGUGUGUUGGAUGGUGCC